CUCUGCGUCAGAUGACGCUCAGCCCUGAGCUCCAUAUAUAUAUAUAGAGGGUCCGGAGCGCACGAGCGCGCACCGUCUCUCCUCCGUCACUCACUCACUCACUCACUCCUCUCUCCUCUCGCUCUCUCCAUCCGCAAAGAGAGAAAAGCAAGAAGCAUGACUUUUUCCGGAGACCUGUACUCGAGCAGCUCGUACCGGCGGAUAUUCUCGGACGCCCCCCGGCUGUCCUCGCGCGGCCCGGCGGGCUGCCCCACGGCGUCCCGGCUGCAUGCGAGCCCCAGGCUGGGUGCGCGCCUCGCGCUGGACGCCUCGGUGGACUUCGCGCACACGGCGGCCGUGACCAACGAGAUGAAGAUCAUCCGCACGAACGAGAAGGAGCAGCUGCAGGGCCUCAACGACCGCUUCGUGUGCUUUAUCGAGAAGGUGCGCGCGCUCGAGCAGCGCAACCGCGCGCUGGAGGCCGAGGCCGCGGCGCUGCGCGAGCGCCACCGCGAGCCCUCGCGCCUCCGCGACCUCUACGAGCGCGAGAUGCGCGAGCUGCGCGCCCGCGGCGACGAGCUGGCGCGCGACGCCAGCCGCCUGCGCGUGGAGCGCGCGCAAGCCGGCGAGGCGCUCGAGCGCGCCAAGGAGCAGCUGGCCGAGGAGACGCGGCGGCGCGAGGAGGCGGAGCGCGGCGCGAGCGCCUGCAGGAGGGAGGCCGAGGAGGCGGCGCUGGCCAGGCUCGAGCUGGAGAGGAGGGUGGAAGCGCUGCUCGAGGAGAUCGACUUCCUCAGAAGGGUGCACGAGGAGGAGCUGCGCGAGCUGCAGGCGGCGCUGCAGGCCACGCAGGUAUCCGUUGAGAUGGACGUGAGUAAGCCGGAUCUCGCCGUGGCUCUGAAGGACAUCCGCGCUCAGUACGAGGUACUUUCGGCCAGGAACCAGCAGCAGGCGGAGGAGUGGUACCGUUCCAAGUUCGCCAGCGUCACCGAGGUCGCAGCCCGCAACACUGAUGCCAUAAAGCAGGCCAAAGAUGAGCUGGGCGAGUACCGGCGGCAGGUGCAGGCGCGGACCCUGGAGUUAGAGGCCCUCAGGGGCCACAACGAGGCUCUGGAGCGGCAGCUGGCAGAGAUGGAAGACCGCCACAGCAACGAAAUCGGCGAACUGCAGGAGACUAUCCAGCAGCUGGAGGACGCCCUGCGCAGUACUAAGGGAGAAAUGUCCCGUCACCUGCGCGAAUACCAGGAACUGCUAAAUGUCAAGAUGGCACUGGACAUAGAGAUCGCUGCCUACAGGAAGUUGCUGGAGGGUGAGGAAACCCGUCUGAGCACUGUGGGCGGGACUUUGCUCCAGUCCGCCUACUCCGGCAUCUCCUUCACACCAGGACGCGCUUUCACUUUGGGCACUUACAGGAGGGGCGUGGCCAAGCCUGCUGAGCAAGAGGAGGAAGAAGAGGAGGAGGCAGAGGCUGAGGAGAAGGAAGAGGAAGAAGAAGCAGCAGAAGAGGAGGGAGAAGGAGAAGCAGAAGGAGAGGGUGAAGGAGAAGGAGAAGAAGAAGGAGAGGGAGAGGGAGAGGGAGAAGAUGAAGGAGAGGAGGAAGCAGAGGAAGAAGCAGAGGAAGGAGAAGAGCAGGAAGAGGCUGAGGAGGGAGAGGUGAAUGGAGAGGCUGAGGAGGAGAAAGAGAAGGAAGAGAAAGUAGAGAAAGAGGAGAAGAAGGAGAAGAAGGAGAAGGAGGAGGACAAGCAGAAAGAGAAGGAGGUGGAGAAGGAGACGAAGAAGAACGAGAGCAAGGGCGACAACAACAAAGUGGAAAGCAAGAGCGAAAAGGCCGAGAACAACAAAGGAGAAAAAGGCUCUGCGGCCAAAAGCAAGUAGAGCUCUCGCUGCUCCACUGCUGCCCUCCAAACACAUAUCCACCGGACUGCAAUCUCCUUUACCUCUCUGCUCAUCACACCCACACACUCACACAAGCACAAACACUCACACGCGCAUGGAAGUGCACCCACACCAUCAGCGCACCUCAUCCGCUCACCAUCGUCCAUCUCUGGGCACUGUAAGGUUUACAAGCGGUCUGGAGCGCUCUUAUUAAAAGGGCUACUUAAAGGGUUCUUCAGUAAAAGAACCAUUUGAAGGCUUAAAUCAGGGGUAUCAAACUACCAACCUGCUUCAUACAGCUUCAUACAGUAUGUCACGUAUUUACAGUUAAUCCUCAAAUUCACAAACUCACAAAAAUACGGCUAAAUAUUUACAUUUGAUGGUUAGAUUUGCUUCUCCCACCAGACACUGUGACUCAUUUCUCAACAGGAGCUCUAUAUAAUCAGCUUGGACUGAUGAUUCUGAUGUUAAAAGCAGUGCAUGCAAGAGGAACCAUUUAAAACCUGAAGCUGUGGAAAGUCAUGGUGUAAUUUAGCUAGUGUCCUAAUUUAGACUGAUAGUUAAAUCUGCCCACAUGGAUUCAUUCAUGACACAGCUGUAACACACCAGGGUGCUUACGCUACACGAGUGAGGUUUGAACUCACGGCCCUUAUGUUAGUAGUUUGUAGCGCUACGGGUCAAACCACCUGGCGGACACUAGAGGACAGCCUCAAGUGCAGAGCAGUUGAGGGUUGGGAGAAAGGUGCAACUCGGAAAAGAAAUGAAAAAGGGCCAGGAAACAAACUAGAGAAGGAACAAAUUAAAAGGCGAACACAGUUAACAAGGAAGAGGUGGUGUGGUCAAACCCUCAAUCAUGUUCCGUAGCAUGUUGCCUUGUUGCUGGAGAACAAUUUGAGAAAAGCAUAGACUCAAAAUUGAUGCCGAAGUUACUGGCUGAGUCAGAGCAACAUGCACGUGGCAGGAUGAACUCAAGACUGAGGAGCGAGCAGUGUGUGAGCACCCCUUAAGUAGGGUGCCCACAGCUGCUACCACUCAGCCCUAAUUACUAAAGUCUUGGCUCUCCAGCCCCUGGUAGCAGCCAGUGGUGGCCUAGCAGGUUGCCUGUACGUCACAACAGCAGUAAAUACAGUGUGUUAGGGACAUAAUUAUCAAAUAGGUCCACUAAAAAAAGCAGAUUUAGCCACUUUGCCAACACAUCACUAGAAUGUCAGAAUAAAAGUCCCAUAUAACAUACAUUCUACUUGUAAAAGUAAGUGUUCUUGAUGUAAUUACACUAGUAUUUAUGAAACACUAUGUGUAGAUAUUACUAUUAGUAAUAAUAAUACUAAUAAUACUACUAAUAAUAGUAGACAAUUGUGGUGACAAUUUGCUAAUAAACACACACUAAGAUGUGCUUAAAUGAGUGUAUGUGUUAUGUAGUUAAAAUUAACUUGUUGGGCACUUUUUUCCCUGCAUUUUUUCAUCCGCCUCCCCUCGGAGAAGACCACCUAGCUAGUGGCCCCCGAGUAAUUCGAGUUUGAGACCCCUGGCUUAAAUAGUUCUUUACAUGGUUAGAGCACUCUCUGUACUGCCAAAAAGCAUUCCACUGGAACCUUUUUUGGGUACUUUAUACACUAUAAAAGUAACGGUGCCAUAGAAGAACCUCUUUUGGUUCCCAAAAAACUGAGCUGUUCUUUAGCAAACUAUUUGUAUGUCUGAGAAGCCUCUUAAAUUGGCAUACAAUAUUUACAUUACGUUCUUCUAUGGCAAUGAUCAAAGAGGAACCACUUAAGAACCAUGUAUUAAGAACAGAUGUGUGAGUGUUCCAAGAACCCUUAAAUUGGUGUAGAACCUUUGCAUAAUGUGAAGGGUCUUUAAACUUUUAAAUGUUCUUCUCACUUACAGAUCUCUUCUUCUAACAGGUUCUUUAGGGGAACAAAAGUGGUACUUUUAGAGUUGCUCAAAGAACCCUUUGUGGUGCCAUUUUCUAAGAGAAUAGAAAGCGUAUUUUUAAAAGCGUACAGUUGCAUAAACAGCAACAGACAGCUUCGUUCACAACAGAACCGUGGUGAUCAAAUGGAUUCAUUCAGAGUAGCUGCAGGACGUUCAUGCACUUAGCACACUCAAGACACAUUAGUGACCGCAAAAAGACAUUCAAAUGUUUAACAAGAACAAAGAAAACGCAUGCGUUAAUGUGACAGUAAUGAACGAGAGUGUGAAAUGGGGUCCAGAGACCACAGUGCCCAGUCACUCCAUUCUUCAGUGUGCCAUUAUUACACAGAAGUAGGUGCUGGAUGGGAUAAGAGUGAUUGAAUAAGGCUCAAUGAAUGAUGUAGGCUGGACGCGUACACUGACCUUCACUGCAGAUGAACCGUCUUCUUUGGUUCCAACUUUUUGGUGCUAUUAGAUUUAAACAGCGAGUUGGACAUUGAUGGGUUCAAAAGGCACAACAUAAAAACAGCAGGUGCUUCGUUGAGGUCUUCAGUGAAUGUUACCAGCCAAGAAACCACACUCAUCACCCCAAAUAUUCACCCCUUUACCCCAAUGUUCACCCCAAAGUUUACCUUAUUUACCCCCAGUGUGCACUCCAUAACUCACCCUGUUUAUCCAAAUGUUCACCGCAAAAUUCAACCCAUUUGAACCAAAGUUCACCCCAGAGUUCACUCCGUUUACCCCAGUGUUCACCCUAGAAUUUACCCCAUUUACCCCAUCUUCAAUAAUACUAGAAUAGCUAUGUACACAUUCCUCAAUGUCCAUGUCUUUGGGCUGCGAAAUUGCCCAAGCUCAUUUCUACCAUUCAUUUCCUGAGAAAAGAUGUUUUAAUCUUCUUUAUCACUCUAUCAGUUUUCAUAAGCAGCACUAAAUCGUCCAUCCAUCUUCUGUUUAUUUAUUUAUUUAUUUUUUUGCAAUAGUCACGGCACAGCGACAGUGGCUACGUUUAGGAUUUAAAGACGAUCAGUUUAUUGAGGAGGGCUUUUGGAGUUUAGAUCUGAGACAUGGGCGUGCAUUUUGCAUCCAAUGCCGUCCCUCCAGGAAUGAAACGUUUAGAGAUUCUGAAGACUUAAAAAGACUGCUGCUAUUUAUCUUCCUAUUCCUGCUACUUUUAUGUUCGGAUGAAAAACAAAUCCUCCUCUUGAUUGGUUCACUCUCCUACUGAGUCACUUUCUUCCAUUCUCCCAGAUCUCAUGCAAGAGUCUCCACCCCUAUGCAGAUAAAAUGAAAUAUUCCACAAUAUAAAUAAAUUGUAAUGACAUUGUAAUAUUUUAUAUUUUAAGAUUUGAAGCACCUCAUUAACCUAGCUCACUCGUGUUUAGCAGGCUAAAGAGUCUCCACAAGGGGGCACUAUUAGCAUUCAAGAAGCUUUUGGUCCAUCAUGAGCUGAAUUGCAAGUGUUUGUACAGAUAAAACUCUGAGGGCCAGUUUCCCAGACUUGAGUUCAGCAUAACCCAGGACUAAAAUGAAUUUCUAAUGGUGAUACCCCAGUGCCACUGCAGUUUGUACCAAGACUGGGCUUAAAGCGUGGCUGGGAAACAUAGUGCGCAGUGCAGUGGCUCUCCACUCCUGAAGUUGAAGGACACAGCUCGAAAGCAGUCUGUGAAGUAUAUGCUUGAAGCCUUUCUAAGCUUUACCAGCCUGUUCUGUCAAUUACAUGCUUUCCAGUUGUGCUCCAGUCCAAAAUAACAUAGAUGUUCCACAAGGGGGAGCCGUUAGCACUCAAGUAGCAUUUUGUGAAUCAUUACAAGAGAUGAAACCCACACCAGCAGGAUUUUACAUAUUCUUGCUGUCAUAAAUUCAGAUAUCAAAGGCAUUAGGUACCACAGGGAGUGCCUCAGCCUCUCUUUGGGUGUUCUACUGAUUUUAGACUACAGUUCGGCCGAGUGAAGCACAGAAUUAAAGCAGUUAAGCCCUGAACAGUGUUUUAAAUGUUUCUUCCACCUAAAAAAGUAGUUCCAGCAAUUUAGACUUAAGCAAGCAUUGUUGUUGCUUAGCAAAGAGCGGAAUGAAAUAUACUGUGAAAAGUUUUCCAUUAGCUCAGCCUGAGAACUAAAAACUUCAUGUGGUAACAAGAAGGUAAUUUGGUUUUAUUCAACUCAGAUAUCUUUAAUGAAACUGAAUUAACAUGUUAGAUGAACAAAUUGGUGGAUUGAAUUGGAUUAAGCAGGACAGCCCUGCUUAAUCCAAUUCUAACCACCAAACAAUCAUCUUUAGUGGAAAGAUUUGAUUAUUUUAAGUGUCCAGAUAUAUUUUCAUGCUUGACAGGUGUCAUUUGGAGUGGCAUGGACAUUUAGAAUGACUGUGUAUGUGACAGUAAAGGCCACUUCUCAGUUUGCUAUGAUAUUUGGCCACUUUACUGUGUAUCCUGUAGCAAAAUGGUCUACUUCCUAGAUCUUUCCUAUCAUCUACUCUAAGCAAACAAGAGAGAGAAAGUGAUAUUAUGACACUAAACACUUGUGACGGCUGAAGGACAUCGUCCAUGGCUUCAUUACCGACUGAAGUAGGAGGUGAACCAGUUGAUUGGAGGAUGUGUUUUUUCUUUUGCAUGGCCUGACCCUUGGAGCUUGGCAAAAUAAGACAGGAUGGGAUAGAUUUGCUUGUUGUGUCUAUAAAAAUAAUGUAUGUACUGUAAUUGCCUUAAUAAUGAGAGAACUGCAUUAAGUAAAAAAAGGUCCUGCACUUUUCUGCAUUUUCACACUGUUUCAGAGAGGGUUGAGGGGAGGUGACACCACAUUGAGCAAUCUGCUAAUCUACUGCAACCCAGUGAGCUGCUAUCUCCAUACAGUGAUCUUCUCAAAGCCAAAUAAAGCCAUUUACCAACCAAAA